UUUCUUAGAGGAUAUUUUGGACAGGGAAUGAAUUGCCCUGACACGUACUUACUACAUUCUAUAUAUUAUAUUCUCAGUCUUCUUUCAAAAUUCUCGAUGCUUCACCACAAAAUGGCAGAUAUAUGCCGGUCAUUCUCUUCACAGCGGUCAUCUUUCUGCCGCUCUUUUUUGUCCAUUCUUUGCUUUGGGUUAUUUGCACAGCAGCCAAACACAAUCCUUUCUCACUCAUAAAUGUCCCCCAAAUGCACACUCAAUCAUUAUAACGGCCAUCGAUCUCAUAUUUAUUUUCCACCGAAUAUACUAUUCUUUUAUCCAACCAUACGAUGCCAUAGGUUGUGUGGAUUUUACUAUU